AUGCCUACUCUGAGUUCUCCUCAGAUCAGUUCGAAGGGCAGGAUGGAAUGGGAAGUGUCGCCUGAUUCUGUCUUGGUUAUUCGAAAGCUCCAUUACGAUACUGUUGGACCCUUCGUUGAACUUGCGGAAUGGCUCUUGAAAGAAAAGAACAUGUUUGUCUUUGUGGAAGAAAAAACAUUAACAGAUGAUGAUAUUUCAUCGUCAGAGCAUUCUGAGAAGUUCGAAGAGAUCAAAUCAGAAUUGAAAGUCUUUCAAGGCAUGACGGGGUUCGAAAAGAUCUCGGAAAAGAUCGAUUUCGUUGUUUGCCUCGGUGGCGAUGGAACCCUGCUUUACGCUUCCUCCUUGUUUCCCUCGUGUAUUCCUCCCGUGAUGUCUUUCAACUUGGGAUCGCUUGGGUUCUUGACCCCAUUUGACUUCACUGAGUUCAAAGAACACAUAAAUGACGUGAUAGGAGGGAACAUGAAGGUUCUUCUUCGCUCCAGACUGCAUGCCGAACUCAUUACUCCGGGCUCCGACUCGCCCGAUGUUUCAAACACCGCUCUGAACGAAAUCGUCGUCGAUCGCGGCUCUCAUCACUACCUCAGCAAUCUCGAGCUGUAUGUCAACGACAACUUGGUCACGCAAGUUCAAGCUGAUGGCAUCAUCAUAGCGACACCAACCGGUUCAACCGCGUAUUCGCUCUCGGCUGGCGCAGGAAUGGUUCAUCCAGCCGUCCCGGCUAUUCUCAUCACUCCUAUUUGUCCGCAUUCGUUGUCUUUCAGGCCUAUCGUUGUCCCUUCCACUUCCGUAAUAAAAAUUAAAGUCGUUCCUGAGGCGAGGAAACACGCCGUUGUUAGCUUCGAUGGACGUCUUGGACCAGAGUUGCAGAAGAAUCAAGAUUUAAUUAUCAAGGCUUCAGAGCAUUCGUUACCUACCGUAUCCCGCAUGGAUCACGACUGGUUCAACACGCUACAAGAUCUACUCGCAUGGAACACACGAGUGAAGCAGAAAGCUCUUACUAACAAUAAUAAACCACCCACUAAAUUAUGA